GGCCUCAACAUGGACAACCCGCUCGCCGGCAACGCGCCCAACCUCAACUACGGCGGCAACGGCCACAACGCCGGCGGCGGCGGCUCGCCCAAGCCCGACCACGUGCCGCCGCCGCCCGCCCGCGAGGGCUUCACGCGCAACACGGGCGGCGACGGGGACGUGGUCGUCUGCCCCGGCUGCGAGCAGGAGCUGAAGUACGACCCGGACGCGGGCGCCGAGGAUGGCGCGGCCCCGCCGGCGAAGAAGCCGCGGACGAGGAAGGACCAAGAGGAGCACCACUUCUGGGCGCUCAAGGAGUGCGGACAUGUCUACUGCAAGGACUGCUUCGAGAACCGCAAGAGCCGCUCCAAGAGCGCGACGACGCCCUUCCGCCGCGACGACCGCCGCGUCCUGUGCGCCGUCGAUGGGUGCUCAGCCGAGGCCAACAACAAGCUGAACUGGGUCGGCCUGUUCGUCUGAUGGCCCUCCUUCUUCGUUGCAGGCUUCUUCUGCCUUAAUGCCGGAUGUAUAUUGUUUUGUUGUAUCCGCCGGUUGGUCGCCUCUCCGCCUGCGGGUUUUAUACCUCGGCUCGCCUACGUGCGUCUUCAAGGCUUGGCGAAGGCCUUCGUCGCUGGGAUGCACUGCACUGGGCCGUCUUUUCUUUUCUUUUCUCUUAUUUUUCUCUGCUGGUUAUCUUUCCCCCGGCGCGAUAGCGGAUCCGGGCCCAGCGUGCUGUGUACAUGGUGUUUGAGCGCGCGGUUGCCUUUGGUCCAACCCAGCGGGCCAACCCAGCGGGCAAGCGGGCAAGCGGGAUGAAGGAAGGAAGGGAGGAAGGUAUGGCGGACCAGGGCGGCAUCCCACAUCCUGCUGUGUACCUACCUACCUAAUCUACCGAGCAGCGAAGGCCGGGUCCGGCGGCAGGCGGGUUGGUUGGGGUGUUAUUCUGCGACAAACCGCCAAUUGCAUCACCCACGUUUCUUUUUCU